AUGCACUGGAUCUCAAAUGUGAUAUCAGAUUCAGAAAAGGAAAGCUUGAUUGUUGCCUUUGAUUUUAGGACAGAGAAAUAUAGAUUAAUUCCACAACCAGAGUUUCGUGGUCUUAAUUCUUAUUUAUAUUUGGAUAAUUUAAGAGGAUGUCUUUCGUUAAGUUGUCAAUACCAAUCGAUGAAUGUGGAUUUAUUUUUGUUGAAGGAAUAUGGCAAGAAUAGUGAAUAUUGGUCGAAAUUUGUUACAAUGUCACCAAUAACUCCCUUGGGAAUUGUUCACGUUGUGAAACCUAUUGCCUAUUCAAAAAGUGAGCAGGAGUCAGUUGAGGAAAUUAGGGUUCAUGAUAUGGAUGAUAACUUUGAAGUUUUCACAUGCAUGGAAAGUCUCGUCUCUGUCAAUGUUGCAGCAGAUGUAACCAAUGCUAAUGCUAUGAAGAAUCUUCAUGAAAAAGAGGAAAAUAAUAUGAACAAUUCUUUUAUCGAAGGGGCUCAAGUUAGUGCUAUAAUUCCUAAAGGGUAA